AUGGUGAAACGUCUACGGAAAUUGUGUGAUAAACGUGAGCUGUCUGAGGAUAUCAAAAUGGAAAUAUUACAUCGUUUGCCUUCAAAAUCUCUAGCUAGGUUUAAAUGUGUAUCCAGGAGCUGGCGAAAGUACAUUUCUGAUUCAUCUUUAAGUUAUAGCUGCCGUUCACGACGAUGGAGGCCUCAGCCCGAAUUAAUUGGUAUUUUUUAUCAAACCCGAAAACUUUCCAAAAUUGGCUUCUUCUCCGAAUCAAAGGAAUCAUCAUUGAAAAACAUUGAUUUAGACGAGUCAGUUAAUUUUCUUAACAGGAAAGUAUAUAUUGUUGCAUCAUCCAAUGGUUUUCUUCUUUGUACUAAACAUAGAAGAAGCCCUAGGGUUUAUUAUGUUUAUAAUCCUGCUACGAGGCAGCAUUUGGCUUUGCCUAAAACUCAAAUCUGCAUGGAGAACGGCACAGCUGUUGGAUUUAGCUGUAAGGUAGACGACUCUGAUAAAGACGUCAUCUCCUUUACUAUAGUUCGUUAUGAAAUACCUCGUCGUUUUGAUAAGCUACAGUUCAGUGUAACAAUAGAAUGUUUCUCUUCUGAGACAAAUGUGUGGACUGCCAAUAAUUUAACUCUGGAUGUACCUCUUAGAUUAAACCCUUUUAAUUGGGAUGGGAUAUUUAGAUCAGCUGCAGCAGCCGGUGUCAUUGAUGGAGUAUUUUGUUGGCUUGAUCAAGGUGGACAGAUCACUUUUUAUGAUAGUGUCUACAAGUGUUUCUGGACUUUGGAAUUGCCUGAAGAGAUGGUGUUCGGAGAAAGUUGUUAUCUUGGAUUAUCUGGUGGGGCUCUCUAUUUUGCAUUGAAUUGUGGGGAUGCCAUUACCGUGUGGCGCCUCGAGAGCGAUAUUCGUAGUCGAGAUGCAGUAGUAUGGGUUAGGAAGUACGAUGCAGAAGUCGCAGCUACAGUGAUGCAAUGUCCGGAGGCAUUUGGACUUGGAGGCGACACUCUCCGUGUCAAGGCUUUCGGGCUUACAGGCUCUCUUAGUGUUGAGGUGCGGAACAUGGUUAUUCAUCCUGCUGUUCCUCACAUCUUUUAUUUGGAAGUAAGAGGCAAGGUUAUUUCUUAUGACUUGGAAACGGAUAUUGCACAACUUGUGUAUGAUUUUGGAGAACCUUGGUGGAAAACACAGCACUACAGAUUAUUUGCUUAUGAGUGGCAUCAAUGGCCACGUCUUCUGUAG